CGGAAGUUCUUGUACCGUGGCUGCUGUUGUUGACACUAUGCACACACCGCAAUAAUAUAGUGAAGCGACCGUUUGGUAGGUUUAAAUUUAUAAAAUAACCUUAGCUGAAAGCUUAGUUUUGCAGUCGUGUAUGCUUCGUCUUAACUGACGUUUUAAUUGUGUUUUUUUUUCUUUAUUUUUCUCGGCUGACGCAGCUGACUUUGAGACGUAGUUAGCCAAAAAGGCUAACCUUUAAUGGAGGAAGUCAGCUAAUUAGGACGCAAUGGGAAGAAAACCGGAGCUCACCUUGUUUUUGUAAACUUCUCCGUUGGGGCAUUGUCGUAGGUUGGUGUUUGUAAUUGGUUCGGACCACACUCAAAACAAGGUAGAGUGUAUAUAAGAUGGCAGUAGAGCUGGAUGUUUUUGUGGGUAACACCACUAUCAUGGAUGAAGAGGUUUAUCAGCUCUGGCUGGAUGGAUACACAGUGAACGAUGCGGUGAAAGUACGAAUGGAAGGAGGGAUAAUGGAGGAGUGUGAGGCGAGUGCAGACGUUCUGCUGAGCGACACUAUGGACCAGUACAGGACGUUCCAGAUGUGUGAGCGUCUGCUGCACAGUCCGGCAAAACUGGCUAAUCAGCUUCUGUUCCAGAUCACACCUCAUCGACAAGCCAUCCUCAUAGAGAGAUACUAUGCCUUUGAUGAUGCCUUUGUCCGUGAGGUCCUGGGAAAGAAACUCUCCAAAGGAACCAAGAAAGACUUGGACGAUAUCAGCGCCAAGACAGGUGUGACUCUGAAGAGCUGUAGACGGCAGUUUGAUAACUUCAAACGGGUUUUCAAAGUGGUGGAAGAGCUGAAGGGACCCCUGGUGGAGAACAUACGUCAGCAUUUUCUGCUCUCUGACAAGCUUGCAAGGGAUUAUGCAGCCAUUGUUUUCUUUGCCAACAAUCGCUUCGAGACGGGGAAAAGAAAGCUGCAGUAUCUCACUUUCCAGGACUUUGCUUUUUGUGCUGGGCAGCUUAUCAACAACUGGACUGUGGGGGCUGUUGAUAACAUGGUUGAGGACAUGGACGUGGAUCUGGAUAAAGAGUUUUUACAGGAACUGAAGGAGCUGAAGAUUUUAAUCGCUGACAAAGAUCUGCUGGAUCAGCACAAAAGUCUGGUAUGUACAGCUCUCAGAGGAAAGACUAAAGCUUUUAAUGAGAUGGAGGCUAAUUUCAAGAAUCUUUCUAGAGGCCUCGUCAACAUUGCCACAAAGCUAACAAAUACAAAAGACGUCAGAGAUUUCUUCAUUGACCUCGUGGAGAAGUUUAUUGAGCCGUGUCGCUCAGACAGAUGGACAGCUGCGGACAUGAGGCUCUACCUCACUCACUAUACCAACUCUGCACACAUACUCGACACUUUCAAACAUCAGGUUGUGUGGGACAGAUACAUGGGCGUCAUCAAAAGCUGUAUCUUCAAAAUGUAUCACGACUGAAGCGUUUUUCGUCCGUGGCUCGCUCCAUCUUCUUUCCCCCGCUUAUCUUAGCCUUUCGGUUUGUGCUUUCCCGAAUUUGUUUGUACAGCAGGGAUUAAUUCUGCUUCUCAGUUGUUACUCUCAGCUUCCCUGUUUGCACCCCUAGUGUCCCCAUCAUGUCUGUAUAUUUGGUCUGUAAAUAAAAUUAAGAUAUUUACAUCAAAA